AUUAUUGACAAUUGCCAUAAAAAAAUGUGUAUGUGUGUGUCAUGUGGACUUUUUUUUUUAUUAAGUUAAUUUUUGAGUUAUAUAAAGUACUUUUAAACUAGAAAAGUAAACGCCUCCAUCGUCUCCCUAGUCGAUUUACAGGCGGUUAGGUCGCAUCGACGCUAAAGUGGUUGUCUCUGAGAAAAAGAGAAUGACGCAGUUUGGCGGGUAUGAUUACUGCACUGAGAAAGCAAUGCAAUAUCUUACUCUAGAACCUGGCAAAGUACCUGAAGCCCUCAAAUUAUACGCUGAAGCUUUUCAAGCAAAGUUAGUCGACGAUAGCUCGAAGACCAAAGUGUUCAACUGAAGAUCCUCAAUUCCUAUGUACUUAUUACUCCGUGGGCUAGUGCUAGUGGUAGUUCAGAUUCUUUCUUAGAACUACCUACAGACCUCAACUCUAUUCGAAGGAUAAGAGAGGACAAAAGAUUUGUUGAAAUUGAUCGAACACGCUCUACAGAAGACAAAAGUGUGAUGAUGAAAGAUCCUUUUGGUAUCACCUUUCUACUUCGGAUGGAGAAAAAGAAGAUGACUCAGUAUGUUGUUGACCACGGUCUCUUGUUUAGGCGUGCGUGUAACCCCAUCGCCUUCGGGUUUCCUCAAGGUAUCAGCCCCAAUGACCUUUGUACUAUUAAGCUCACAGCGGUGUUUGUAACCCGGUAUGGGAUGGCUUUUAAAAAGGCUUUGAAUAAGAUAGCGUCUACUGAGUUUGCGUUUCUGAAUCUUAAUCAUAUCUGGAGGCGUCUUUUUUUCAAUUUUGUGGGCGUCUACACCUCAAUAGUGAAGCCUUCUAAAGAGGUGUAUAGAAGUUGCGAUUUUAUGGGCAAGGCACUCGAGUUGUUUUUCCACCUUCUUCAGCUGAAGAAUGUGAAAAUGGGAGGGAGCAGGAGAGUGAUGGAAGUGGACGCUUUUACUGGUGGUGUAGACUACUUUGCCUACAUGGACUUUGUUGGCUACUCUGAUGUCAUGCCUCGACCUCAACGCCGUUCCGUGAUGAUAGCGCAGCUAGGGCAUACUCUGAGAACGCCCCUGUCCGCUUCUUGGUGUACUACUAUCUUUUUUGUCUCACCCGAGGUGCUUGGAAUUAUUAAGCUCACGGCUUUGUUUGUGGCGCGGUAUGGAAAACGCAUCGCAUGUGAAUUGAUGGAAAAAGAGGGUAGGAAUCCACUUUUUAGUUUUCUGGACCCAAGUGAUUGCGGGUUCCCUUGUUAUAACAUGGUUGUUAAGGUCUAUUCCAAAGUGUUAAAGAAUUUUGAACUAGUUUAUACGGCGGAUAUCGUUCUUCAAAGAUAUUUCCAGUCUCUUUGGGAUGAGGAAAAGGAGGAUGAGCCGAAGGAUGUGGAUGAUUUGUAUUCUUUUGUGGAGUGUGUAGACUCUUUUGCUCAGAUGGAGGAUGAAGAGUUUUUUCAUAAAAUGGGGACCCGUGAAGCACAUGUGUACCCUUUUCAUGAUCAGACCUCUCGAGUUCACAGUCGACCACAUGUGUACCACCCUUUUCAUGAUCAGACCUCACCAGCAAAUGUUCAGGAGGAGGAGGGUCCUUCUAGUAUCGAGGUUUGUGUUCCAACAUUGGAUGGAAGGGUGAUCAUUGAGAUCGUAGUGGAGUCUUUUUUUGGGGAAAAAGUGGCGAGUCUGAAGGAGAAAAUAGUGAAGGUGAUUCAAAUUCCUUCCAAGUAUCUGAAGUUGAGGGGAAAAUUAGUUGGAGUUUUGAGAGACGACAAGUCACUUGCAGAUAACAACGUUGAAGCAGGAGAAAUCUUAAUAGCGACUUGGCGCUUUUCAAGAUGGGAAGUGCAAAUCACUUAGUUGCUUUUCU